AGCCCGCUGUGCAGUUCCCUCGCUUCUGCAGCACUAUUGGAGGAGGAGUCACCGACACGCACGCACGCAGGCUCUCACACGGACACUCUCUCACUCUCACACACACACAACGUUUCUUGCACUCUCUGUAAGCACCAUCAACCAGCAGGCCUAUUUGGAGCAGGGGAGCACAGUAGUCUUCUAACCCAGGAUGGAUGUACUAAUGAAGGGGUUCUCCAUGGCCAAGGAGGGGGUGGUGGCCGCGGCAGAGAAGACCAAGGCCGGGGUAGAGGAGGCAGCUGCCAAGACCAAGGAGGGGGUGAUGUAUGUGGGCUCGAAGACCAAGGAGGGGAUGGCGUCUGGAGUAAACAUGGCAAACAGAAACAAUGAGCAGGCCAACAUCGUGGGCGACACAGGGGUUGCCGGGGCCAACGACAUCUCACAGGCGACCGGGGAGGGAGUGGAGAACGUUGCUGCUUCGACUGGGAUGGUCAACCAGGAGGAGCCAGUAUACGAGGGUGACUUUGGAGGGAUGGAGGGUGGAGAAGGAGGACAGUACUAGAUGUCUCUGGGAGCGCCGGUCCCGCCCCGCCUCGCUGUACCAGACUCCAGAUGUUCAACAUAUUUUUUGUGACUUUAUCGAACCAAAACAAAAACAGACUCUUCCAGAUGCCCCCUACCCCGUCCCCCUCAGUCCCCCUGCCUUGUUCAUCCGCACCCCUCCCCCCUGUGUUGAUGUUGUCAUGAUAUUGUCCCUAGUGUUGUUGUCACCUUAGUCCCUACAUCUAAUUCCCUAUAGGAAGACCUGCACACACACACACACACACACAUUAACAAGCAGAAACAAACACACUAACACACACACACUCGAAUCAAAACACAUACGUGGUCCAAUAGAUGCAUUUGAAUGCACACACACAUGCCAGAAAAAAACAAAUUCCAAAUGGCAUCCACAAAACAUAUACAUACAGUCACACACAUACAGUGCAAUACUACCAGAGGCACACACGAAGGGCAGAUAAGGAACUAAUAGUUUGCCUGCUUAGAGAAGAAUGUGUGAGUGUAGUUUGUGUGUUUGUGGAGAAGUUAGGCUUCUGUAUGGUGAUGCACGAACACAACAGAAAACAUGCAAUCCACUGUGUGACUGAGACAAGAUGGGAGACAAUGUGUUUGUGUGAAGGUUUGUGUGUGUGAGGGUGUGUGUGAGGGUGUGUGUGUGAGGGUGUGUGUGUGAGGGUGUGCGUGUGAGGGUGUUUGUGUGAGGGUGUGUGUGUGAGCACGUGUGUGAUGGUGUGUGUGUGAGGGUGUGUGUGUGAGGGUGUGUGUGCGAGGGUGUUUGUGUGAGGGUGUGUGUGUGAGCACGUGUGUGUGAGCACGUGUGUGUGAGGGUAUGUGUGUGAGAGUACGUUUGACUUGUCAGGUAGAGGGCCAAAAGGAAAGUGCUCUUUGAAUGCUGCUGUAGGGUAAUGUGCAAUUAAAAGAUUUAGUUGAUAUGUGUGCGUGUGUUUGUGUGUGUGUGUGUACUUGAGCGUGUGUGUAUGACUGUACAUUUAGAAUGGUGAAUCCCGUGUCUCAGUCAGACAGCCAAUAAGCAGUUCAUUUAGCUUAGUUAGGCCUAGAGUGUGUUUGAUGUAACAGGGUAAUAUGUCCUCAGACACACCAGACAGCAAUACACGUUCUAAUCAUACACGUUCUUAUACUCCGUGUCCCUGUGUUGGACCUGUUUCACGUGUCGGACUAAGAGAAGGCUGCAGUUACACACACACCAGCCGAAGCAAUACACACACUAUGACUUUGUCUAGUCUUGGUUUGGACCUGGUUCUAGCCUAGGUCUGUGGUUGGAUAGGUAGGUUCUCAAGAGAAAUAAAUCCCGGGUACGAUACCAGAUUCCUGCAUGGAGUUAUUUGUGAAGUUUGUGUCCAUUU